AUGCGUCCUUUGAAGGGAAGGAAAUGUGGAGAGCUGCUCAGAACACUAUUUGCAAUGGACACCCAGAAAGAUGUGCAACCACCAAAGCAGCAGCCAAGGAUAUGUAUCUGUGGAGAGUGUCACCCCGAGAGUGAGAUAAAAUCUAGGGAUCCAAUCAGAUGCAGAGAAUGUGGAUACAGAAUAAUGUACAAGAAAAGGACUAACAGAUUGGUGGGUUUUGAUGCUCAAUGA